AUGGAACUCUACCAGAAUAAAUUAAAAGCUGAUAUACCUAACUUUCAUGGUGGAUUACACAUUGAAGACUUGCUGGAUUGGUUUUAUGAAGUAGAAUCGUUUUUCAACAUCAUGGAAGUUCCUGACUCGUCUAAAGUAAAGCUGGUUGCAUAUAAACUAAAAGGUGGAUAUGCAGCUUGGUGGGAAACACUUUGUGAAGAUCGACGUAAGUAUCACAAACCUCCCACACAUACUUGGGAUAGAAUGAGAGGUUUAUUAAGAGAUAAGUUUUUACCGAGAGAUUAUAAACAACAACUGUUUAUCAAACUUCAAAACUGUCGACAAGGAGCUAGACUUGUUGAAGAAUAUGUAGAUGAAUUUUACAUUUUAGUUGCACGUAACCAAUUGAAUGAAACUGAAGAGAAAUUAAUUGCACAUUUUAUAGACGGUUUAAACAACUUAAUUCAACAGGGGAUGACACAAUCUGUAUUUAUAAUGGUUGAAGCUAUCCAACUAGCUAUUAAAAUCGAAAGGCGUGUACUCAAUACUUCCAGUGACUGCCGCAAGUUUCAUGCUUAUGUUAAUGAAACUCAAGAAGAAACACAAGAAGAAGAUGCACUGGAGGAUGAGGAAAUUAAUUAUCUACAUGAACAUGAGUCUUAUGACGUAGAUUUUCUUGGUGUUGCUCGAACCAUAUUAAUUAUUGAGCCGUGUCUUACACAAAGACAUAAUAUUUUCAAGUCUUAUUGUGUUAUUGAAAAGAAGUUUUGUAGCAUGAUUAUUGACAGUGGAAGUACAGAAAAUUAUGUAUCUGCAAGGUUAGUUGAGAAACUUGGUUUGCCUGUUACUGCUCAUCCAAAUCCGUACUCAGUUGGUUGGAUAAACAGUUCUUCAACUCAUCAAAUCACUCAUCAGUGUUUGGUGAAAUUUUCUUUCCUUGGAUAUGAGGAUUCUGCUCUAUGUGAUGUUAUUAACAUGAGUGCUGCAAGCUUACUUUUGGUCAAAGAUCCAACAAAUAAGAAGAUAACGGCCUUAGUUGAUACCAUUGUUCAUUCUUUAAAACAAACUCAUUAUAUGAGUUCUCAUGAAGUUUCUAAGCCAAUGGUGGAGAUUCCAGAGAAGAUAAACUUUAUACCUGGAACAUCUAUUCCUAAUCAACCUCAUUAUAGGUUAAGUCCUAGAGAGCAUGAGAUAUUACAAGCUCAAGUUGAUGAUUUUUUGCAAAAGGGUUUGAUUAGAUUAAGAAAAAGUCCUUGUGUUAGUCCAGUCUUUUUAGUAGACAAGAAGGAUGGUGGACAUCGUAUGUGUAUAGACUGUAGAGCUUUGAAUAGGGUUUCUAUACCAUAUAGAUUUCCUAUUCCAAGAAUUGAUGACAUGAUAGAUAUGCUUUCUGGUGCUAAAGUGUUUACAAAGCUUGAUUUACGUAGUGGCUAUCAUCAAAUACGUAUUCGAGAAGGUUAUGAGUGGAAGACGUCUUUCAAAACAAAAGAGGGAUUAUAUGAGUGUUAG